UGUACUAGUUUAUUACCCUUUCUUUUUAUAUAUUUUCUGACUAAUUUAAAUCACAAUUCUUACACCAAAAACACUGCGGAAAAACCUGGGUAGACCUCUUACAACAAUCCCCGCCUCCACGGAAAAUGACGUCGGCGGAAGGGAAUCUCGGAGAAGAACUCGAACUUCACCGGAAGGAAACCGUAGUUGUUACGGAGGAAGACGAUGGGGACGAUCUUCCAGCACUGAGCUCUCAUGCGCUGGAUGCGCUUAAAGAGUUCCUUGCCGAACAGAAUCGGGAAGUUGCCGCCGCGGACGGCGCGGAGGAGGUGUCCCUGGUGGCUGAAGACUGGCGGCUCAGCCAGUUCUGGUACGAUCGCGAAACAGCCGAAACCAUCGCUGCUGAGGUCGCCACUCUCUGCGAGACGCUCGCUUCUCCUCGCGUCUCGUGCAUUGCUUGUCCUACUCUUUAUGCCUAUCUCAAGAGAAGUGCUCCGCAAGUGCCAGCUCAGCUUCUCGAGUACGAUAAAAGGUUCGAGCAAUAUGGGACCGAGUUCACUUUCUAUGAUUACAACCAUCCGGAGGACCUUCCAUCGUCUUUGAAGCAUUCAUUUCCAAUCGUAGUUGCAGAUCCUCCUUACUUGAGCAAGGAGUGCUUGGAGAAAGUUGCUGAAGCAAUUAGAUUUCUUUCUAUACCUGGAGAAUCUUACGUAUUAUUACUCACAGGUGAGGUGCAAAAGGAUUUGGCUGCAGAAGUUUUAGGUUUACACCCAUGUGGUUUUAGACCUCAGCACACGAGCAAACUUGGGAACGAGUUUCGGCUUUUUACCAGCUAUGACCCUGGGACAAGGCUCAGUGGGUGGCAGAAAGAAUUAUAGCUGCCUAGCCUAUUUAUUUCUCCAGUGGUGAGAUUAUUUGAUGCUGGGAGUUUGAUCAAUCUAUCGAUAAUUUUAUGAUUCUUUGUUAUUGGGGGAAUGACAACGGUCAAGAAUUAAAGCUGUACUUUUUCCGUCUCUUGUUCUCCAUGAGAACUUACAAUGCCGAGGAAGUAUUUUGGUUGUAUUUUUCUGAAUUUUGUAGUGUCGUAUAGUAGCUUGUUUGAUGCGACAUUGUCCACCAUGAGAUUCAUAAAAAUUGUUGACGAUUCCGUAAAACUCUGGUGGAUGUCGAAAAAACAGGUUUGUUGUAAGAGAAAUUACAUAAAAAUAUGUGAAUCUAAAUCACGUCCCCGGUUUUAUUUGUUGUAUUUGCAACCGAA